AUGUCCCAACCUCCUCAACAAACAGUCUGGCGUCUCGGCGAGAUCGGUGCCGGCUACAACGCGAUGAAGCAGCACCGCGAGCCCAUCCCAACUCCAGGCCCAGGCCAAUACCUCGUCCGCAUCCACUCCGUCUCUCUCAACUAUCGCGAUGUCGUCUACGCGAAUGGGACGUACCCUCCUCCCGCUUUGAAGGCCGGUAUCGUACCGGUUUCGGAUAUGGCCGGCGAGAUCGUGGGCGUUGGCAAGGAUGCUUCGAAGUUCAAGAUUGGCGAUAGAGUCACAUCCAUCCAAAUGCAGACGGGCUUAUACGGCUUGACGAACCCACUUCACCCAGAUGUCUUGGGAGGUCCUGCCGACGGAGUCCUACAAGAAUACCGCGUCUUCGAGGAGAUCACUCUCCUCCGUGCACCAGGCUACCUCACAUAUGACGAACUCUCCACCUUCCCCAUCGCAGCCGUAACAGCCUGGAACGCCCUCUACGGCGGCAAGACCAAGCUCAUACCCGGCGAAACCGUCCUCCUCCAAGGCACAGGCGGCGUCUCAAUGUUCGGUCUCCUCAUCGCGCACGCCGCCGGUGCACGCACGAUCAUCACCUCGUCCGACGACGCCAAGCUCGAGCUAGCAAAGAAGAUGGGCGCGACGCAUACCAUCAACUAUAAGCGUACGCCGGAGUGGGAUGUUGAGGUGAACAGGCUGACGGACGGAGUCGGCGCUCAUCAUGUCAUUGAUAAUGUCGGGGUCAAUGAGAUUGAGAGGUGUUUUGGGGCUGUGGCUACGGGCGGCAACGUUAUCAGCGUUGGUGGACUUGGAGGUCAGCCGACGGCUGUACCUAACAUCCUCAUGCUUGCGCAAUUCAAGCAAGCUAUUUUACGGGGCGUGAUCGUCGGCUCAAAGCAGCUGUUUGAAGAGCUCUUGCGGUUCGCCGAGGUCAACGAAAUUCGCCCUCAUGUUCAUCGCGCUUUUGCGUUCGAUCAAGCCAUUGAAGCUUUCCAGUAUCUAGUGGACGCGCAACACUUCGGGAAGGUGGUCAUCCAUGUAACAUCGCACUGA